UCUCAGAACUUUUUACUUGACCCAAUAUUUUGAUUUUUCUAUGGAAAGUUUUCUGAUAUUUCCUCAUCGAAAAACCCAGGAAAAGCAGUAAAAUCUCUCUGCAAACACUUCAAAUCCUCGAAUAAUUCAUGCUGCGCUACAUUUUCCAACAAACAUCCCGGAGGAGGGAAGUUUUCCGGCUGGGAGCCUCGUUUUGUGAUUCCCGGAAGCCUACGACCCCUGAGCAAGUCCCAUGCAUCGAUGUGGAAGACCCAAAGCUGGUGAUAAUCCCUGAGUACCCUUUCAAAGAGAAUGAACCGCUGGAAACGCAGAAAGCUAGGCUCCUGUAUCAGUCCCGGAAGCGCGGGAUGUUGGAGAAUGACCUGCUUUUGAGUACUUUUGCCGGGAAGUAUUUGAGCGGGAUGACCGCUGAGCAGACUAAGCUCUAUGACAAGCUGAUAAAUGGUCCUUCAAAUGACUGGGAUAUUUAUUACUGGGCCACGGAGAAGAAAGCUCUUCCGGAGGAAUAUGACAACGAGAUAAUGACGAUGUUGAGGGAGCAUGUGAAAAAUCAGCCCCGGGAGAUUAGAUCCCGGCAGCCAGAUCUCCAUCAGGUUGAGAAUAAGUAGAUUUGGUAGAUUUAAUAAAGUAUUUUGUUGGAAUAAAAA